UUCCUUAAAUUGUGUAUUCUUGAUCACGUUAAUCACAUUGCACAAUCUUUAAAAGUAAAAAAUCAUUUAAGGUUAAUAUAAAAUAUUAAAGUGUUUAAAAUUCUUUAUAAAUAAAGUCAAUAUCCCGCAAAGGAGGAAGGAGAAGGGGUACUUCGUAAUGUGUACAGGUGUCAUUUGACGUUUUCGUGAAAAAUAUAACCUGGCGUAAUAUGAACGAUUUCGUUUUUUGUUCAAAAGAAGUUAAUUUGUGAUAAAGAAAUUAUGCCUAACGUACAAAUACAGCAACUUUACGAAUACGAAAGGUUUCCAGAAUCGAGAGUAAAUGUGUUAACGCUGGUGUUAUACUUUCCGUUUGGAAUCCUUUUGUUUCUGUUACGAUUAGUUUUUGUGUUUUUGCCCGUUUACAUUGCAACUUUUAUAUUAAACGAUGCCCCGUUCGUUGAACAAAUAUUAAGAAGACUGUUAUACAUAGCGUUAGGUAUUACAAGUAAAGUUGAAAAAUCAGAAAAAUUAAAUAGAGGUGCUAUCUACAUUAGCAAUUAUGCUUCACCGUUUGAUCAUUUAGUGCUUAUAUCUGAAGCAGAAUGUCAAGGAGUUAGUAAAAAAAAGUUUAGACCAUUACUGGCUAAAGUAUUUGGUACAAAUGGUCCAACAAUAAAUCCUAAUAACUUGGAGUCAACUCGUAAGGAAAUAAAUGAUUAUCUGUCUUAUGAACAAAAGAGUUCUCUUCUGAUACAGCCAGAGGGCAAAAUGACCAAUGGUAUGACCCUGAUAAAAUUUAAAUUGUGGCCCUUCAAUGUUUGUACAAAAGUAUAUCCUGUUGUUAUCAAAAUAAAUCGUCCCAUAGUAAACUGUUCUUUAUCAACAAUUACAUCGAACAUUUGGUCUGAUGCCUUUUACUAUAUGUUCUCUUUGAAAACUGAGUAUAAAGUUAAGGUUCUUCCACCUGUAGAGAAGAAAGGUAUGACUGAUGAUGAGUUUGCUGAGGAAGUCCGGAAACAAAUGGCUGCAGCUUUGAAAGUCAGUUUAGUAGAUUAUACAGCAAGCGAUUUGGAAGAAUAUGAAAAACGCUAUUUAGCAGAUUUGGAAAGAAAUUCAGCUUCACAACAUCAUAGCUCGAGUGGUGGUAAUGCUGUAGCACAACCUUCGCCGUUAAUGCAAACGAUGGCCCAUCAAGUUAAAGAUAUUUUACCAUUAGUACCACUCAAAGUUAUUUACAAAGAUCUCGUGAAAACUAGAAGUGUUGAUCUCACCGUUGCAAACAUCCUAGACGGUCAUGUCUUUUACAUCCCGGAAACUCAACCUGCGUCAUCUUCGUCGAUGUCUCCUUCUGCUGUCAAGGCGUCGUCUAGUGUUAACUUUCUACCUUCAUCAUCCCCCUCAACGAGCAAGGAAACUGUUGUAUUGUCUCAAUCUAUUUCGCCGUCUUCUUUUGGUAAAUCUGCUUCCGAUAGGAUGAAGUCUUUUCAGGAACGGAAAAAUCAGUUGAUAGAAAACGCUAGAAAGAGGUACAUCGAAAAACAUGGGCUUGAAAAUUCGUUAAAAGAUUAAAUUUUUGUCGUAGAUUUUAAAAUAGUUCUCAUUAAAUUAAUAAACGCAUAUAUAUUUGU